CAGUAGACACGCUUUUCUUUGUCUGAGGAGUUCGGUUGGCAAAGGUUGUACCAAGGUUUCUCCAUAUUUCGCCAUUUUUAACCAUUACUGUUCUGCCUGCUUAGUGUACCAGUCUACUCUUCACUCCGGUUGGACCCCGAUUGAAUAUUGAGAUUGUGCACCUCAAGAAUCUUGCGGUAUGCUCAUUAUCUUGCACAUCAUCGACUCUUUGGUUCAACGAGAGACAGCGAAGCAUCUGGAUAAAGGCACAGGCAUGAUAAGAGCUUUACGAGUUCUCGUAAGAUAUUUGUUUUACGACAAUGAAUUUCACUAGAGAGCCAACUCGAUAUACAUGUUUUCUGAUGAUUAUGACUUGGAAAUCAUUCGGAUACGUCACAGUAAUCAAUUUAGAAUACCGAGGAUAAAGUGAACAAUCUCAAGGUAGAAUAGUCUUGAUCAUCUAGAAUUAGAUUCUAUUGUACAGAGUGUGACAGAAAUGACCCAUCCUCUCGCACGAGGAACAUGACAUUGCAGCGGUCUCCACCUGAACGACACGAGCAAAGUUGCCAUUGAUAUGGCCGGGCUGCGGGGCUGGUGAAAGUUGGUCAAAGCGUUUGGAGAAGCACUUUUGCCUACAUUUAAGAGAGUAAUUGCAGAGCCGAAACCACACUGAGCCAUCUCCCGUCUCAGGAACUCUGAUUGUUUUCACGAAACGUUCAGUAGACGAAAUGGCGACCAAGUUUCCAGAACCUGAUGUGGCAUUAAUGGAAUCAGUCCUGUUCUUCUUUACAAGGUAUUUUUGGAUGAUCAUAACGGUCUUCGGGGUACCAGGAAACGUCAUAUCGUUUGUGAUCUGUCUUUUAAAAGAUAACCGUCGGUUUUCGACGUGCAUUUACAUGGCUGGGUUGGCUGCUGUAGACAGUCUUCUCUUGAUUACUAGAGUCGGAAUGUCUACCAAACUCUUCUGGCUCAAUGAUGAACCUGUCACCGAAUUCCAGUUUCAAUGGGCUUAUUACAUCACGUACACGUCUGCUAUUCUCUCGGGGCUGUUUCUUACCCUCAUGUCAAUAGAUCGCUUGAUAGCUGUCAGAUUCCCACUCGCCGCUAAACAGAGAUGUACCCCCAAGAGAGCCGCGCGGGCAAUCAUUGUCAGCGUCACCGUCGUCUCGGUGCUCAACAUUCAUAUGUUCUUCUUCUUCAAGCAACAACAAGUGAACGGAGUGGGUUCACUUCUUCUAAUCCUUGACAUUCCUGGCUAUCCCCACCUCAUCACCUUUGUCGACAUGUACCAUCUCAUCUGCGGAAGUGUGGCUCCAUUCGUCAUCAUCGUCGGCAGUAAUUUAUGGAUCAUCGUGACCAUUCGCGCAGCUUCCAGCAGACGAAAGGAAAUGGGCGUGGCGGAAGAUGUCGCAAAGACCCAGGGGAAGGAAACGCGGCAUCUGACCCGGAUGUUGAUUCUCGUCUGCAUUGCUUUUAUCGUCACGUCGAUUCCCUAUCGUCUGUACACGAUCGUUCUGUCCAUCCCUUCUUUAAAUCGUAUGUACGAUCUGGGGAACGUCUACUGGUUUAUUCGUUACACCAUGCAGCAUUAUAUUCUACUUGAUAUCUGGCACUGGAAUUACGGUAUCAACUUCUAUCUUUACUGCAUCGGCGGAGGACGAAAGUUUCGCUCCGAUGUCGAGCGACUGUUUUCAUGUAGAAAACCAUGA